AUGCCUUCUAAAACGGAUGGCGGACAUCAAGGGAGUGAUCCUAGGGAUCCAGUUCCGGAUCUGAAGACCAAAAGAGGUCCCGCUAGAUCUUAUAUUGUAACGGAACCUCCAAAGACACUUGUUGAAACGCGUACUCCUACCAGUUCAAAGGAAAAACUUGUCAUUGCAGCACUUGUAGUGAUAGCGGCCACUGUGAGACUGUAUGGUCUUUCGCGUCCAGAUUCCGUGGUCUUUGACGAGGUUCAUUUCGGGGGAUUUGCUUCCAAAUACAUAAAGGGAAUUUUCUUCAUGGACGUACAUCCUCCGCUAGCCAAGAUGCUUUUCGCCGCAGUGGGCUCAAUUGCCGGUUUUAGAGGAGACUUUGACUUUGAAGCCAUUGGCGAUAAGUAUCCAGAAUCGACGCCAUUCUUUUUCAUGAGACUAUUUCCAAGUGUUUUGGGUAUUAUUACCGUGCUGUUAAUGUACUUGACUCUACGUUCGUCGGGUGUUAGAAUUCCAAUUGCGUUUGCCGCGUCGCUGUGCUUCGCUGUGGAAAACAGUUUUGUUACAAUUUCAAGAUACAUUCUACUUGACUCACCAUUACUGUUCUUCAUUGCUUCCGCAGCUUAUGCUUUCAAAAAGUACGAACUUUAUCCACAAGGCUCAUGGCCUUCAUUGAAAGCUCUAUUGGGAGCUGGUAUCUCUCUCGGAAUGGCAGUCUCUUCCAAAUGGGUGGGCCUUUUCACUGUUGCCUGGAUUGGGCUCCUAUGUGUAUGGAGACUCUGGUUUAUGAUUGGUGAUCUAUCCAAACCCGUCAGUAAAACCUUUGUUGAAGCCGUGAGAAAACUGGUGUUUUUGUUAGGUAUCCCAACCAUCUUGUACCUGGCUUUCUUUUAUGUCCACUUCGAUACCUUGACCGUGUACUCAGAUGGUGCUGGGUUUUUUUCAUCCGCCUUCAGAACUAGUUUGAAAGGUAAUACCAUACCAAAAGAUAUAUUAGCUGAUGUUGGUAUUGGAUCGGUGGUGUCAAUCCGUCACAUUGCCACAAUGGGUGGUUAUUUGCACUCUCAUGACCACAUGUUAGAGAAGGGGUCUCAGCAACAGCAGAUCACCUUAUACCCUCACCUGGAUGGAAAUAACGACUGGCUGAUUGAGCUACGUGACGAACCUAACACCGCUGUAAGCUCAUUCGAAGGUUUGACUGAUGGAACCGCUAUUAGGUUGAAACAUGUAUCAACACAACGCAGGCUACAUUCUCAUGACCACAAGGCACCAGUUUCCGAAAGCGCCGAUUGGCAAAAAGAAGUAUCCGGCUACGGUUUUGAAGGAUUUGAGGGUGAUGCAAACGAUGAUUGGAUUGUCGAAAUUGACCAAGCUGCCUCUGCUCCCGGUGAAGCCAGAGCCCGCGUAAAAGCCUUGGAAACAAAAUUUAGACUCAAGCACCCAUUGAUGAAUUGCCAUUUGUUUUCACAUGAAGUAAAGCUCCCAAAAUGGGGAUUUGAGCAGCAAGAGGUUACAUGUGCAAGCCAAGGUAAAGAACACCUAACAUUGUGGUAUAUCGAGGGAAACAGUCACCCUUUCCUACCAGAAGAUGCUGAACGUGUUUCCUAUAAGACGCCUGGCUUUUUUGCUAAGUUAAUCGAGUCUCAUCAGAAGAUGUGGCAUAUCAACAAAAAUUUGGUUGAGCCACAUAUCUAUGAAUCCAAACCUCAUUCUUGGCCCUUUUUGCUCCGUGGUAUCAAUUACUGGGGUCAUGAUCACAGGAAUGUUUACCUGCUAGGAAACCCCAUUGUUUGGUGGUCGGUGACUGCUUUCAUUGGUUUGUUUGGUCUCAUUGUCGCAUACGAGUUGAUCUCAUGGCAGCUAGGUUACAAAAUUUUACAGGAUCCAAAAGUUGUCAAUUUCCAUGUACAAACUAUCCACUAUCUUCUGGGUUUUGCCUUGCAUUAUGCCCCAUCAUUUUUGAUGGGUCGCCAGUUGUUUUUACACCAUUACCUGGCAGCAUAUUACUUUGGAAUUUUAGCUCUUGCUCAUGCCCUAGAAGUUGGUGUGACUUACACCCUUCGCAGAAGAGAAAUUUACGGCUAUGCGAUUGUAAGCGCAAUGGUUGCUGGAACCGCAUACUUUUUCCUCUCCUACCGGCCACUAAUCUAUGGAACUCCAUGGACUAAAGACUUGUGCGAAAAAUCUCAAUGGUUGUCCGGAUGGGAUUACCCUUGUGGCAAUUAUCUGUCCUCGUACGAAGAUUACGAGAAGUAUGAUAGGGAACAAGCAGAGGAGGCUCUUAAGCCAGCGACCACCGCUGCUAGCUCUAUCGUUCAAAACGUCUCAGAACGCAGUUUACAACCUGCCGAUGAAGACGAGUUGGACGUUGACGCUAUAAUGGCUUCCCCGGGACUCAAAAAAUUUGUGGAUCAAAAUGGUAACGAAAUUCCUGCCGACGUGGUAAGAGACGUGUUGGGUAACGGUGGGUCGGUUGUAAGUGUUGAACAUCGUUCCCACACCGAUAUUUUAUAA